AUGCCUAGAUUCCCCUCUGCGUUCAGCCGGCGGAAAUCGUCCGUCGAUAACGUUGACCGUGCGGCUACAGCCGGGCCUUCGUUCCGUGUGUUAGACCGAUCCGAAGUGACUGGUUCUCCAAAGAGUCCCAACUCCGACCAUCUGACUGUUCGCCGGCCAGUCAAGUCCCGUACCAUUCCCAGCAGCCUGGCGGAGGCCACCUUGGAAGAGGACAACAUCUUUUCCGACCUCAAGACUAACCGCGGCAGCGGUUCAUCCAAUACCAUUAAGACCAUAUCCACUGACAAUUCCUCGCGGCACAGCAACGCGUCCACUGCCCCCUCCUCUGCCGACUUCAGCGCACAAAACCAGCACCAGGUGUAUCAGGCGUACCAGCCAUACCAGCACCAGGAAGACUGGAGACACAGUAGCGGCCAGGCCCCGCCUCCCAUCCCAAAGUCGAGCUCCAGCAGCUUCCUCAGAUCCGCUGGGCGCACCUUUUCUUUUGGAGGACAGAAAAAGGCACAAUCCAUCGCUCCUUCGUACGACGAGCGCUCUCAAGUGUCAACACCACCAGACAGAUCAGGCCGGGAACGUGCCGCCACCGCGUCUACUACCAGCACUGCCACGCCUCCCAGAGUGGACGAGGACUUCAAUCUCGACCUCGGCGGCGACUUCAGCAAAAUGCUCGGCCUUGAUAAGCGGGCGAGUCAGAUGACCGUCCGCGAAGACGGACCGGAACGUCCUGCCCUGGCGCCUCGCUCGCUGACAGGCAAUCGGCUCAACCAGCCACAGCCUAUGCAGCUGGACGUUGCCUCGAAAAUCGAACCGUCGCCGCUUUCGUGGGGUAGCCAUCACUCAAACGACCAGCUCCUGCAGCCUAUCUCAGCUCGUGCGUCUCCCACCAACGAAAAUGUGCCGCCUGUUCCGAGACACGCUCUGCAAUACGGCAACAGGUCGGACAAGACAGAAACGGCUGCCCCCAUCCCUGUCUCUAGCUCUGCACCAGCCCCUCCUUCCGCCGACUCGAACUUGAAGAGAAGCAGUGCCGUUUUUGGCCGACGGCGCUCCAAUGCCGAAUUCCCCCCCGAAGCCGAAGUCGAAGCCGAAGACGAUGACGCUGAUCUGCUGAAGGACUCAUUCUCCACCGUCAGCAAGUUUCUCAACGGUGCACACGCGACUUCUGCUAUCGCCAAGUCAUCUGCGACAGUCUCCAAUCGAUUCAGUGGAUACAGACAGGUGCCGACCGGGUCGGAGGCACCGCACGAGUUGAACACUCACAUUGAAGAAGACAACAUGUUCGACACACCGCUGACCCCUGUUAGCCAAGCGGCCUCGCGUCCGCCGGUCCGCCCGCUCAGUCCGACGCAAAAUAAGGUCAUGACGCCGGCAGAGUUUGAGCGGUACCGGAAGGAUAAGGAGCGUGAAACGCGCAGGUCUGCCGUCUUGACGAAAGCGGAUGGAACCCUGGCGAUCGAGGACGCGGACAAUUAUGACGAAGACGAGUUUGAGGAUGAGGCCGAGAAACUGAAAGAAGCUGCGAAACAGAGACGCAAGCAGGAGGCACACAUGGCUGUCUAUCGUCAGCAGAUGAUGAAGGUCACCGGUGAAACUUCAUCUGGCUCCGCUGCACGCCCCCCGAUGCAGUCAUUCUCGAGUCCGAGCCUGCUGGGUGUCGGCAGUUCCAACAGUCUUGCUGGGCCCGGACCUUUACAGCAGGCCGGCUCUGAUGUUUCAGACGACGAGGAAGUACCGCUCGCUAUUCUUGCAGCCCACGGGUUUCCUAAUAAGAACCGCCCGCCAGUGCGCUUGACCACGAUGAUGUCGAACCCGAACCUUCGCGCCGCAGCCACGCCAAGCUUCCAGCGGCCCGGCACAGCUGCGGGCGAUGCUCAAAGCGGCGGUGCUGUAAACGGUCGGCUGCCGCCUUUCGCCAGAAACCUGCCCCAGGACCCGUAUGGUCUGGUCAGUCCUCCUGUCCGAGAAACGCUCCAGUUCAGCGGCGGUGCACCGGCGGUGUUGCCGCGGCCGAGCAGCCCGCUGCCACAUGGGGGCCUUGUCGGAGUGAUUGCCAACGAAGAACGGUCGCGCGCCUUGCGACGAGGCAACCAGCACGUCGAGGGGGCAAACAAGCCCAUGCCGAACAUGAUGACGGGAGUCCAGUUUGACCCGGCUGGAGUUCCGCAGCACAUGAUGUACCCGGCCACGGCACAGCCCCAGGUGCUCUCCCCGGGCGACCAGGCCCAGAUUCAAAUGACACAGCAGAUGCAGCAGUUUAUGCAGAUGCAGAUGCAGUUCAUGCAGAUGAUGGCCAACGGCGGGAAUGCGAUGCCGCAGCAGCGUCCCGAGAGCCACUACUCAAACGCCAGCGGGAUGAACCCGAUGAUGGGCGGUGCAGGCAUGGGCAUGGGAGGCCCCGACAUGAUGCGACAGCCGUCCUUCAUGGACAACGGCCCGAUGGCCGACAUGACGGGGCAGCAGCAUGCCGACCCGCAGCAUAUGCGGACGAUGAGCAUGGUGCAGCCGAGUUCUGCCUCGUGGAUCCAGCCUCUGGCACUCAACUCAGGCCUGGCCCCGUCGAUUCGACUUCAGGGAGCCAACGGAUAUGCACCUUCGAUUGCUCCCUCUGAGCGGAGCAACGUUGGUCUUCCAGGACGGUAUCGGCCGGUGUCUCACAUGGCCUCUGCUUCCCAGCCGAUUGACAUGCCGAAGCCCUUGACCGUGCCGGGGACGCUUGGUGUUGGCGCAGCCGAUGGCAUCGCUAGCGAGAGCUCCACGCCGGGCACUGCAAGCCCUGCCGGUUGGGACCAGUCGAGAAAGCACAUCAACCGGUCGCCUCUCAACAACUCGUCGACUGCUGACGGUGACGACGAUGACGAUGAGGAAGGCUGGGCGGCCAUGAAGGCCGAACGGGAGAAGAAGAUCUCCCUUUGGAAGACGAAGAAGACGCUGGGCAGCGAUAUCGGUGCUCUCAUCAUCUGA